UAUUAGAGACUGGGGAGAGAUCGCCAUCUUAGAUUUUUAUAUUAGAAGAAGGAAGAACUAAAAAGGUUAUUUGUUGUUGAAAAAUGCCUUACGCAAAUCAACCCAGCGUAAAAAUUCUCGAACUGACAGAUGAAAAUGUGAAGUUUAUAAUAGAGAAGACUGGAAUGAGUAUGGCUAAUGGACUGAGAAGAAUCUUCAUUGCAGAAACCCCUACAAUAGCCAUAGAUUGGGUACAGAUCGAGAACAACACUUCAGUGCUCCAUGACGAGUUCAUUGCUCACAGAUUAGGACUUGUGCCAUUGACAAGUGAUGAAGUCGUUGAUAGGAUGACGUUUUCAAGGGAUUGUACAUGUGAUGAGUUCUGUGAUGAUUGUUCUAUUGAGUUCACCCUUGAUGUGAAGUGUACCGAUGACAGCACAAGACAUGUGACUACUCAGGAUCUAAUCUCUACCAACCCAAGAUGUGUACCUGUUACAUCUAGGAACAGAGAAGAUGACAGUAGAGAGUAUAUGGAACAGGAUGAUAUUCUAAUUGUCAAGCUCAGAAAAGGACAAGAACUAAAACUAAGAGCAUUUGCCAAAAAGGGGUUUGCUAAAGAGCACGCAAAGUGGAACCCUACAGCAGGUGUGGCCUUUGAGUAUGAUCCUGAUAAUGCCCUGCGGCACACAACUUAUCCGCGCCCAGAGGAGUGGCCAAAGAGUGAAUACACAGAACUUGAAGAAGAUCAAUAUCAAGCCCCUUUUGAUCCUAACGCCAAAGCUGACAAGUUUUACAUCAAUGUUGAGUCAUGCGGCUCACUCAAGCCAGAGAACAUUGUACUCUCAGGAUUAGCUAUUCUCAAAAAGAAACUUAGUGAUCUCCAGACCCAACACAGUCAUGAAGUAGCAGCUGAUGUGCUAACAAUAUAAGGUGGCACAAUCAAUGCAACAGCCAAUGGCUUGUAUAGACAAGGACACGGUUCAGCUGUAGUGCAGGGAGUUACAGCUACAUAGCAGUCAGUUAGGGCAAUAGCAUACAUGUUACAAGGGUGUUAUAGGGCCUCUACUACUGUAUGUAUGGUUUAUAACUUAUAGUCAUCACAUGAACCCUAGGGCCUGCUUUGACGUCAGAUUUCAGAGUUGCCAAAUUGAUGGUUGUCAAAAGUAUCUAGAUGAAUUCUAUGAUGUUUCUUUUCCUUCCUAGUCACUCAAAUUUUUCCAAUCAUGGUUUUACGAGUUAUGAUUGUGUACAAUCUCUGCAUGAACGUUGUUAUUUUCAGUGCAUAAAAGGGGUGUGGUCAAGGUUGCUCCCUUGUUGGCUACAACCCUGGCUGCAUACUGAGCAGCAUUUUCCACAGGUUUAGUUUUUAAGUGUUCCGGUGCUAAUAUUAAACCCUGAUUGUACCUCUUGUUAUUAGUAAUGCCCAAAAAUUGAGUAAUGCAACAAAGCUUUUUCCAGUAUAUCUGUAUCUUACAAUGUAUAAAAGUACUUUAUUCAAAACCUGUACAUUUUCUACAAAAAUAUUUAUACAUAAAA